AACAAGUUCUCCCGAGGUACCAGAUGUGAUGAGAUAGUGCGAAAGAACUCGCCUAACAACAAUGCUAUUCCAUUGGUGAAGGAGUAUGAGAGCCACGCGGCAAAGGAAUUGCAGCACAAGCGGUCGAAAGAGGACGAGCGUGAGGAAUCGAAGUAG